AAAACGGGUCUUGUCCAAGGUUUCCCCAGGCCGACCAGUGAUUCAAUUAUGUUCACCCCCAAGAAUUUCCACCUUCUAUCGAAGGCUGGUAGAGGAAAUCAGCCAUCCGUUAUAUCUCGUCGCUGUCUAGCAACCUCCAACUUGGAUGCUCAACUCGGUUCCGGUCAUCAUCAGAAGCCCAUUGAAAACACCACGAUCGCCGAGAAACUAGAGCCAGCACCUGGACGGCCUGCGAAAGAGUGGUGAGUAGCUAUGGCCGAUCGCUUGGAUGGCCUAAGUCAAAAAACUCGGUUACCCCGAAGUGUCCAGGCUGUAUAUCUACGACCGCUUCGAAAGCAAGCCGAAUAUGGUCUUCCCGUCUGCGAUCUGCAAUUAAGGUCUUACAGCGUACGAAAUGUAGAGUUUUUCGCCGACUUUGCAAUGCGUGCUGCAUACUAUCUCAAACUUCCUGUCUCGGGACCGGUACCUCUGCCGCGAAUCACUGAACGCUGGACGUUCCCUCGAAGUAAUUUCGUGCACAAGAAGAGCCAGGAAAACUUCGAAAGGAUAACGCUUCGUCGCCUGUUGCAGGUCAAGGAUGGAGACCCCCAUGUUGUACAAGUAUGGCUGGCUUUCCUACGCAAGCAUGCGUUCUAUGGGGUGGGCAUGAAGGCGAACGUCUGGGAACAUGAAAGCCUCGACAUCGUCAAAGACAUGGACCGGCGUGUUUCUGCCGUUGAGGAAUCCCUAGAACCUCACUUAUCGGCGUUUGGUCAGCGGGACAAGGCAGGGCAUGGAAAUAUCUCGGAUGUCCUAGGUAAUCAGCAACUCACUCGAACGGGUCCUCUGACUGAAGUUCGUGGACGGUGAUUUCUGCUUGUCAUUCUUCUCAUGUAUCAACAAUGUUUUCUGCGGGCUGUUUCAUUGGGCAUUCCUUGGCCUAUUUGUAUUGUAUGUAUCGUGUUCUGUUCUAAGUAGGAGGCGUCGUUGGGAUUCUUCUGUGCAAAGAAAGUAGAUCCGGCUCGUAUACCGGUGCCAGAUAAAGACCGUAUCCAUAGAGCAUGGUAUGAGAGUCUCUAUGGAAAGUGGAGAAGGUGAAAUAUUCGAUAGUUAGUAGUACGGACUACAAUUCAAA